GGAGUUUCUGUUUGGUCACUGAAAGCAUCUUGAAUAAAUUUCGUUUGAUAACGGUAGAUUGAUCGUUUUAAAACCUUUUUCAUUAUUGUAUUUUCAUGUGGAAAAUUAAAUUUUAAUAUUUCUAACAUUGAAGUUUAUACUGAUGUUUUCCAGUUGAUUAUAAACUAUACUUUUUACUAAAUCUUAAAGCUUAUAGUAUAAAUAUUGAAAGAUGACUGUCAUGGAGUUUUUCGGCUGCGCUAUGAUAGCGUUUGGUCCAUCUGCAGCUAUGUUAGCAAUAACUAUAGCGAAAGAUCCUAUAAGAAUAAUUAUCCUUAUAUCAUCGGCCUUUUUUUGGCUUUUGUCAUUGUUGUUGUCAUCUAUAUUAUGGAAUGUUGUAGUCCCUCUAAGAAAAGAACUAGCUUUUGGUGUAGUUUUCUCUGUAAUAUUUCAAGAACUAUUUAGAUUCCUUGUGUAUAAAAUUUUAAGAAAAGCGGAAGUCGGUCUUAAAAAAGUUCAGGAAGUUGGUGCAGAUGGUCCAUCAGUGUCCAGCAACAGAGUUACUUUAGCUUAUGUGGCUGGCCUAGGAUUUGGUGUGAUGAGUGGUUUAUUUUCAUUAAUAAAUGUUUUGGCUGAUUCAGUUGGUCCAGGCACAGUUGGAUUAAAUGGUCAUUCACGUUACUUUUUCAUCACAUCAGCAUUUACAACAUUGGCUUUUACUUUGCUCCAUACUUUCUGGGGAGUUAUUUACUUUCAUGCCUGGGAUAAUCGCAGUUAUGCAAAGAUUGCUUAUGUUUUCCUGUCCCAUCUUCUGAUAUCAACUUUAACUCUAUGCAACUCUCUUCAUUGGUAUGCUGCCUCUAUCAUUCCUGCUUACAUUGUAACUGUCAUCAGUGCGGUGCUGGCCUAUCAAUCUGCUGGUGGUUCUUGGAGAAGUCUAAUGGCAUCAUUCUCCUCCAAAAAUUCCAAUUGAUAAUUAAACUGUUUAUUUUAAUUGAAGCCAAACCAAUUGCAGGACACACAUCAGUAAAAUCAUCACUGAGCUCAUAUUUGUAAGUGUUUUACAUAGUGCCGAAACUUAUUUUUUAAAUGUUCUGUAUAUGAAGUGAAAACAUGUUAUGUGGAAUGCUCAUGGUUAAAUUGGAAUGCUCAUGAUUUUUAUAUUCCUGCCAUAAUCUCACUGUAAGGUAUAUGAGACUGGUUUUAUGGCAUCAAGUCAAAAUACUUCAAAAUACUUUUUU